CGGGCAUCAAAGCUCUCCUAUACAAUACACUCAAUUGCUGCAGAAAAGCAGAUCCUUCAGGUAGAAAAUGAGCAGCUCAAAGAAGCACUAAUCAAUGAGAGAAAGCGCCGUCAACGAGGUAAGCCGUUGCUCCUUGAGCCAGCAGCAGAGUACAAUGGUGGUGCUGUAUUUUGGUCACCUGCAAAAGUUGCACAGGCACGCCAGCGCCAGGCAGAUAAGGAUGAGGAGAAGAAAGCAAUACAGGCUCAAAAGGAUGCAGAGAGCAAGUGGCGAGAGGAGGCAAAGGCUCAGAAAGCUGCCUUGCUUGAGGAGAGACGACAACUACAAGCUGCUGCUAAAUUAGAGUGCCAGCGGGAGCAUGAGCAGAAGGCCUUUGAGGUACAGGAAACCCAGCAGGCCCGCGCAAUUGAAAAACAACUCCGUGAUGAUAUAAGACUUGCUAAAAGAGGCAAGAAAAAGAGCCUUAAG